UCUGCCGUCGCCCCUCUCUGUCGCAAUCACAACGUCAACCUCUGCCUCGCAGACACACAGUUUCUUUCUUCUUGUCAUCAUACCCCUACAGGACCAAGAUACAGAGCAGCUCCUCUCUUUCUCUUCUAAAGAAAACAGCAACAGAGCGGUCCUCCACAGCUCCGGUCCGCUCCCUCCGGCCGCACGCUCGCACCGCAACCAAUGGGCGCCGUCUCCGCGACGGCGGACGUGGUGGUCGCGCUCUUCUCGCUGAUCAUGGCGGUGGCGGCCCCGCUGUUCGACUCCCAGGUCGUGCUCCCGCGCGGCCUCCACCCUGCGCCGCUCGUGGACAUCCACCGGUGGUUCACCGUCGCGUUCGGCCACUACCUCGUCGCCGACCCGCCGCCUUUCUUCCUCGGCUUCGUCUGGCUCGACCUGGCCUUCCUGUGGCCGGUCUGCGUCGCCAACCUCUACGGCAUCCUCGCGGGCCGCCGCUGGUCGGCCACCACCUCCCUCAUGGCGGGGGUCUACAUGCUCACCUACUUGUCCGCCAUACUCGGUGACAUGUUGGGCUCAGGAAAAGCAACGCCGAGACUGCUUCAGCUGUAUGCUCCGUUCAUCGUGAUUGCUGUAACUGCAGUUUUGCGUGGCCUCUGCUCAUAUUCAGCGCCGUUAACUGCUGCAACAUCGGUUGCAUCUGCUCAGAAGAAAAAAGACUAGAUUAAAUUUGUUUUUGUUAUAUUUCAAGAAAAAAGUAAUCAAGUUUCACUCGAUGUAAAUGUGUAAGUACUUGUAAAACAAAAGUCAUCUUCUGCCUCGAGCUCAUAUGAGCACAUGAUGAGCA